CUCUGGGCUCUGGCUCUGGAAACUCUAGUCCGAUCUAUUUCUCUUUUUUCGAUCUCUCAUCUCUCUUUUCGAUUAUUUAACCAUGUCGAUGUCCACCAUCCGUUUUUGUGAAGAAAAAGAAGGAAAGAUAGACCAUGGAAGCGAAGGUGUUGUUGGUUCAGCUGCUGAAGAUAUCGAUCUUGGUGAUCAGGAAAUAAAAAAUGCGCCAGAGCCUUCGUCACUGGUCCAUGAAAGUAGUACGUGCAAGAAAUGUGGGAGAACUGGUGAUCACUUGGCAAUAGAUUGUCUUUAUGGAAUUGGUAAGCUGGCAAGCAAGUAUGUCCAUACCACUAUUCGUGUCAGAAACCUCGCAGAAGACACUCACAAGUCAGACUUGGAAUGUCUAUGCGGUACCUAUGGGCCAGUUGCUUUUGUUUUUGAGCCUGGAAUGCAAAGGGAGGGAAAGAGAGAUCAAGGUUUGGUAGCUUUUGUGAACAGUGAAGAUGCACAGAUGGCAAUUGAGAAGCUGCAUGGGUACACUUUUAAUAACCGUGUUCUCACAGUCGAGCGGGCUACGAAUGUACCAGAGGAACCGAAGAAUGUACCAGACCCUUUGAUACUGGUGCAGGAAAAUGAAUGCAAAAAUUGUGGGAAGAUUGGUGAUCACUUGACAAAAGAUUGUCGUUACAUAAAGGGCAGAUUGAUAAAAAAGUAUGACCAAAAAACUAUCCUUGUUAAAAACCUCGCUGAAGACACUGAAUGUUCAGAUUUGAAAUGGCAAUGCCGUACUUAUGGGCCAAUUCAUAGUGUUUUUGAGCCUGGAAUCCAAAAUGAGGGAAUGAGAGAUCUAGCUUUGGUAGCCUUUGAGAACAAGGAAGAUGCACAAAUGGCAAUUGAGAAGCUUAAUGGCUCCACUUUUAACAACCGCGUUGUCAUAGUCGCGUGGUCUAAGAGUGCACCAGACCGGUCACCGGCCCAGGAGGAAAAUAGGUGCAAGAGUUGUGGGGAGAUUUGUGGCCACUUGACGAAAGAUUGCCAGCAUGCAAUUAAGGGUAGGCUGGUAUCGAAGUAUGUCGAGAACACCAUCCGUGUUGCAAGCCUCCCAGAAGAAACUGAUAGGUUAGACUUGAUAGAGCUAUGCUCUACUUACGGUCCAGUUGAUCGUGUUUUUGAGAAGAAAGAUUACAUUGCGGUAGCCUUUGAGAAUAAGGAAGAUGCACAAAUGGCAAUUGACAAGCUCAAUGGCUCCACUUUUAACCACCGCGUUCUCGCAGUCGAGUGGUUGGCAGAGUGGGCUAUAAAAGAAUUCCCCAGAAAUGAAUCUUAAGAUUUUCUGUGUUAUCUGUCGUAUAUGCAAUAUCUAUCUGUGUGGACGCAUGUCACUGCUACGAUGUAUUUUUUCACCAGAUAAUUCACCGUCAGUUUAAAAUCGUCGGCCACCUGUUUUUUUCACGAGAUAAUUCACCGUCAGUUUAAAAUCGUUGGAUACCGGUAGCUAAAAUCUGGUUUAAAGUUGUGCU